CCUUCCCUGGGCUGUGCUUGCGGGCUGUGAUACUUGUGAGCUCAAGUGGGGAGCCAGGGUGACAGUGGCCUCUUCCUCCAGCCUGGCACAGGCCUUUGAUGUGCCCCACUGUGCACAGUGCCCCGCUGGCCUUCCCAGCAUACUGCCGCAUGUCUCCUCCACUGGUCUGCGUCCAGCACAGCUUCAAGCGACACCUUGACUUUCAGGGUGCAUAGACAGGGGGCCAUGCCAGCCAGACUCUCAGCGCUCUCACCUCUCCUCCUUCACCAUGAAGCUGAUGGACAAAUUCCACUCUCCCAAAAUCAAGAGGACGCCAUCGAAGAAGGGCAAGCCAACUGAGGUGUCCGUGAAGAUCCCGGAGAAGCCUGCCAACAAAGAGGCAAGAGACAGAUUUCUACCAGAGGGCUACCCUAUCCCCUUGGAUCUGGAGCAGCAGGCAGUAGAAUUUAUGUCCACCAGUGCUGUGGCUUCCAGGUCUCAGAGGCAGAAGAACCUAAGCUGGCUAGAAGAGAAAGAAAAGGAAGUGGUCAGUGCCUUGCGCUACUUUAAGACCAUUGUGGACAAAAUGGCCAUCGAUAAGAAGGUCUUGGAGAUGCUCCCGGGGUCAGCCAGCAAGGUGCUGGAGGCCAUCCUGCCCCUGGUGCAGACCGACCCGCGGGUCCAGCAGAGCUCAGCCCUGUCGUCCUGCUACAGCCGAGUAUACCAGAGUCUCGCCAACCUCAUCCGGUGGUCAGACCAGGUAAUGCUGGAAGGUGUGAACUCAGAGGACAAGGAGAUGGUAACGACUGUGAAGGGCGUCAUCAAGGCUGUGCUGGAUGGAGUGAAGGAGCUGGUCAGGCUGACCAUCGAGAAGCAGGGCCGGCCAUCUCCAACGAGCCCAGUGAAGCCCAGCUCCCCAGCCGGCAAACCUGAUGGCCAGCCUGAGCUCCCCCUGACUGACCGAGAGAUGGAGAUUCUAAACAAGUCGACAGGGGUGUCGCCAGCGGCCGAGGUGCUCCCAGAUGCUGCAGAUGAAGAGGUUGCACCCCCCAAACCUCCUUUGCCUGGCAUCCGGGUGGUGGAUAACAGUCCACCAGCACUGCCACCCAAGAAAAGACAGUCGGCGCCAUCCCCAACCCGUGUGGCUGUGGUGGCCCCAAUGAGUCGAGCCACCAGUGGCUCUAGCUUGCCUGUUGGAAUUAACCGGCAGGACUUUGAUGUAGACUGUUACACACAGAGGCGACUGUCAGGUGGCAGCCACUCCUAUGGUGGGGAGUCACCGCGCCUGUCCCCCUGCAGCAGCAUGGGCAAGCUCAGCAAGUCUGAUGAGCAGCUCUCCUCUCUGGACAGGGACAGUGGGCAGUGCUCCCGGAACACAAGCUGUGAAACACUAGAUCACUAUGACCCCGACUACGAAUUCCUGCAGCAAGACCUCUCCAACGCAGACCAGAUACCUCAGCAGGUGGCCUGUAACCUCAGCCCUUUGCCAGAGUCCCUGGGGGAGUCUGGAUCUCCAUUUCUCAGCCAUCCUUUCCAGUUGCCACUUGGCAGUUGUCCCCAGCCUGAGGGCCCCACAGCCACAGGGCUGCAGACGGACACCCCACCCGCCCUGCCUGAGAAGAAGCGCAGGAGCGCAGCCUCGCAGACCACGGACAGCUCCAGCUGCAGGGCAUCCUAUGAACGGCACCCCUCGCAGUACGACAACAUCUCAGAGGACGACCUGCAGAGCUCCACGCUGGCCCCAUCCAUCCCCUACUCGCCCAUCGCUCUCGUGCCCUUCCAGCAAGGAGGUUCCUCAGCACCCUUGGAGUUUGUGGGUGAUUUCACCACCCCUGAAUCAGCAGGUGACCCUGAGAAGCCACCUCCUCUGCCGGAAAAGAAGAACAAACACAUGCUAGCCUAUAUGCAGCUGCUGGAGGAUUACUCGGAACCUCAGCCCUCCGUGUUCUACCAGACGCCGCAGAGUGAGCACAUCUACCAGCAGAAAAAUAAGAUGCUCAUGGAGGUGUAUGGCUUCAACGAUUCCUUCAGUGGUGGGGACUCCACACAGGAGCUGGCUCCGCCACCCGCCCUGCCCCCCAAGCAGCGGCAGCUGCAGGCCUCCUAUGCUGCUUCUUCCUUCUCCUCUGUCUCCCACUGUGUCCAGCAAACUAAAGUGGCCUUCACCCCCGAUGACGGCAGUGCCACUCAGGGCCUCAGUGUGUCCAUGUCUAACUCCUUUCUCAGCCGGCACGGCAGCUUGCCCGUGCCCUCGUACAAGUCUGUGUUUAGGUCCUACUCGCAGGACUUCGCAUCUCACCACCAAGCUUCCGUCCAGCCUGUCCUUCCACCUACCUCCUCUUCCUCUCCACAUUUCCCACCUGUCCACCCGUCUCCAAGCUCCAACUUGGCGGGCACCACCGUGGCCAGCCCACCUGCCCGCACCGUGGAUGGGCCUCUCUCACCUUCCCAGGAGAGCAGCUUCCAUGGGAACCCUGGCUGCCUUCCUUCCGAAAGUUCUUUCACUGACUCGAGUGAGAAGGCCAGCGAGGAAGCUGGUGAGGGUGAAUACGUCAGUCUGUAUUCCUCUGGCCAGAGCAGCACGGAGCUGCCUCGCUCUCGAGGAGAGUCGCCAGCCGGGAAAGAUGGGCACUCCAGGGACCUGUUGGCGGGUGGUGGCACCCCUGGCAAGGACAGCAGAGAUGGCGAGAGGAUCCCAAAGUCACCAGAUGCUCUGGAGUCAGCUCAGUCUGAGGAAGAAGUGGAUGAGCUGUCCCUCAUCGACCACAAUGAAAUUAUGGCCAGGCUGACACUCAAGCAAGAGGGUGACGACGGGCCAGAUGUGCGCGGAGGAUCAGGGGACAUCUUGCUGGUUCAUGCUACUGAGACGGACAGGAAAGACCUGGUGCUGUACUGCGAGGCCUUCCUGACCACCUACCGGACCUUUGUCAGCCCCGAGGAGCUCAUCAGAAAGCUGCAGUACCGAUACGAGAAGUUCUCGCCCUUCGCUGACACAUUCAAGAAGCGCGUGAGCAAGAACACAUUCUUCGUACUGGUGCGGGUAGUGGACGAGCUCUGCCUGGUGGAGCUGACAGAGGACAUCCUAAAGCUGCUGAUGGAGCUGGUCUUCCGCCUGGUGUGCAAUGGGGAGCUCAGCCUGGCCCGCGUGCUGCGGAAGAACAUCCUGGACAAGGUAGACCAGAAGAAGCUGCUCAGGUGUGCCAACUCCGACCAGCCCCUGGCAGCCAGGGGCGUCGCGGCCAGGCCUGGGACCCUGCACGACUUCCACAGCCACGAGAUAGCCGAGCAGCUCACGCUGCUGGAUGCUGAGCUCUUCUACAAGAUAGAGAUUCCUGAGGUUCUGCUCUGGGCAAAAGAGCAGAAUGAGGAGAAGAGCCCCAACCUGACCCAGUUCACAGAGCACUUCAACAACAUGUCCUACUGGGUCCGCUCCAUCAUCAUGCUGCAGGAAAAGGCACAGGACAGGGAGCGGCUGCUCUUGAAGUUCAUCAAAAUCAUGAAGCACCUGAGGAAGCUGAACAACUUCAACUCCUACCUGGCCAUCCUCUCGGCGCUGGACUCAGCCCCCAUCCGCAGGCUGGAGUGGCAGAAACAGACCUCAGAGGGCCUGGCUGAGUACUGCACGCUCAUCGACAGCUCGUCCUCCUUCCGUGCCUACCGGGCCGCCCUCUCGGAGGUGGAGCCCCCAUGCAUCCCAUACCUGGGCCUGAUCCUGCAGGACCUGACCUUCGUCCACCUUGGCAACCCUGACUACGUGGAUGGCAAGGUGAACUUCUCCAAGCGCUGGCAGCAGUUCAACAUCCUCGACAGCAUGCGCUGCUUCCAGCAGGCGCAUUACGACAUUCGGAGGAACGAUGACAUCAUCAACUUCUUUAACGACUUCAGCGACCACCUGGCUGAGGAGGCCCUGUGGGAACUCUCUCUGAAAAUCAAGCCCAGGAACAUAACCCGGAGGAAAACAGACCGGGAAGAGAAAACCUAGGAGCAACUUCUGUCCGGACCAGAUGCUCAGGAGCCCCAGAGAGGACGCAGGCUGCCCGGCACGGCACGGCUUCCUUCCUGCAAGAGCAGCCCCAGCCUGGCCCAGGUGCAGCACCGAGGGAGUGGAGCAGAGCGGAGCGGCAGGCGGCCAGGACUGGCUCCCCUCCCCUCCCCACCCUGUCCCUGAUGCAGGAGGGCACACGGCGGCAGGCAGGCAGGCUGGCAGGCACCUGCACUCGGGCCCUGGUGAGAGGUGGUGCUUAGCAACCCUGGAGCUGGCUGCAGCCCUACAGCGCUGUGCACACCCCUCCCCACCCAGCCUUCGCUGGUACGCAGCGUGGCCCCCAGGACCACACUCUGUGUUCUGGGGAGCAGGGACAAGGGGAAGAGAGGGGGCACUGGGCCACCAGAGAAACACUGGCGAGGGCCACCUUCCACUGCGCUCCCUGCUGCGUGCCUUAACACCCUCCUGUCCUCCCCGCCCCCCCCCCUCAGGAGCCUGGCACAGACAGGCUGGGUGCCAGUCCUCCCUACAGAGGUUGACAAUCGACUCGGAGGCCAGGUGCCCAUGGAACCGCUGUAUACACCUGGCUCCUGGGGCAGUGAGCGGCCAGGGUCCAAAGGUGCCCCCACCCCGGAGCCACCCAGUCAGGAGUGCCAGGACCUACUUCCACUUCCCCGACCCAAGUAAGGGAAGGAAGGCUGGGCUGAGAGCAGCUCCUGCACACUGCAGAAGUCUCCCCGCCAGGCACCCUGCGCCCUUCCCAGAUCUCUAAGCAGCUUUUAUCCUGGCAGGUGGGGCCGUUUCCCCUCCCCUGGCUGUUCUGUCUGUCCUGUACAUAGGGAGGAGGGGAUGCGUGAGCUGUCCCCAAGGCUCCCCUCUGGCAGCUGUCCGCUGGCUGUCCAGAACCUGUCACUUUAUUAUUUAAGGAGUGUGCGUGUGCAGUCGCGGUGUAUUGACAGUAUUGUGUGGGUUUUUAGUUUGUGCCCUCUCCUGGAAGUCCUCCCCUUUCAGCCCUGCCUCCUCCUGCCUCACCCCCAUGGGGGGCCCGGGCUAUGGGAAUGAGAUGCCCUCUUUUCUGGGAGCCCCGGGAAGCUCCUGGCACAGGCCAAGCCAGUGGACACAGGUGCUUGUAUGGCAGGAGCUGUCCACCCAAGCCCAAGGGGAGGUGGGAUCGGAGCUGGCGCUUGAACAGAAGUGUCCAGGCAAGGAGCAGGAAAUGGGCAGUGGCCGCUCAGCGCACGAGGCCGGCCGGCCAUCUGUGUAUGACUUAC